AUGGCCUCGGUGUCCAAAGUUGCUGAUAUGGAUCCGUUGCAUGGAACGAUCAAGGUCUCAUCCUUUUUACCCCAGUAUUUGAUGAUGGCAAUAUUAAUUGGUGCCUUAACGGUAACCCUUUUCUUCAUCCUAAAGGCGGUUAAAUUUUUUAUGAAUUUUAUUGCUUAUGUGUUGACAUUUUGCUUGAUCAAUCUUGCUGUUUUUCCCAACAGUGAGGCAUCCUUCACAGAUGUAAGAAGCUUUACGGAAGUCGAAAGGCUUGCGCAUAUUAAUAACCUGGACAUUGAUAAGGUUUUACAAGCCAUCUCUUGGUCAAGCAUGCCUCGAGAUUAUUUUAAUGGAUGCUGGGAUCAUCCCUACACAAAAGAUCUCCUUGAAAAGGCCGUCGAUUCGGAAGACAGUUGGCUAUUCAUUUCGAAGGGGUUACUUCCGUCCCACAAAGCCAGCUUGAUUCCAGGGAUAUUAAAAAUAUCCAAGAACCGCUCGACCUUACCACCAUCAUUCUAUCCUCUGUUCGUAGAUGUUGUCUCAUUUUUUGAAUAUAUCUAUCACCAAUUGGAUCCGCAACUUUUUGAAAAUAACCCGGAUCCCUUUGUUGUGGGCUUAUCUCCAAUGCUGGCAAACGAUCUUAUAAAUGCUAUCGAUGAAAGGGGGCUUUUUCUUCCGAAAUUUCGAAAGGCUAUCUCAAAAAAGGCAAUGCUUUCAACAUACAAACGCUGCUGCUUAAGGUGCGCCCGAUUUCUUUCUAACGGAGCCGAAAUUACAUCCUUGACCUUAAUUAUACUCCCUUCCGCCUCGGCGAUCAUUAUGAUGCUCUUUUAA